AGUUUUGUAUGCCGUUAAGUGUAGGUAUUGUGUUUGAAAUCAGAAUGUGUCAAGUCAUGAAAACCGAUGUGCAGAGAAACAUUAUUCGGUCGAGAAUGACUGACUCAGAUAUUCAAUGUUUAUACCAUAAAAUGUAAGCUGAAUUAUUUGGAAGAUUAGGGGACAGAUAAAGAUAACCAAUAUGGAUGUGAACGCGACUUAUGUCAAGGAACUGGAACAGCCGCAACAUCCGAACCCGGAACCACAAUUUUUCGGAUUCGACGAGUCUUUAGGACCCACCCACGACACGAUGGCCAAGAACGUAGGGGAGAGUCGGAUACCAGUUCCACGCGCUGCACGACCGUCUUUCUUCCCGAAAUCGAGAGUACUCGGCACGUCGACACUUCUACCAGGACACCGACGUUCAUUGGUGCUCUCGGGAUGUUUACAGUUCGUCGAUGCGGAGGACGAGUCCACCACUCCUAAAACAAAGUGCUUGGCACGAGCUACGUCUACACCAUCAAUCGAAGAUUCGGGACAUAAGACGUUCACGAUAUCACCCGUGUGGGACAAAGAUGACGUGCAACAGUUGGUUCAUUUUGCCGAAGAGAAGAGCAGCUUUUUUAGUUUGCUCGAGAAUUCUCAGUUGAAUAUGAUUGAGGAUACCGGCGAAAGCUGCCUCCUGGAAGCAUCCCUGGGCAAUUAUAAUGAGAACUCAGUGAGCGCGACGCCGCAUUAUUUGAUGCUCAAUAAACAGAAUUCGUUUGAACACGACGAAAGUCUCGGUAUAUUGACUCCGGACCAGAUGACCGACUUCACGGUCGCGUUAGAGUGCUCCAGGACACCAUCCUGCGAAAAUCUUACAGGAUCAGCGGGUUCGAGGUUGGCGUUAACGCGGGCAUCCGCGUCGAGACCGUCUGUGGACGUGGAACCGACAGAGGAGGCAUCCAGCGAGAGAACACCGUCUCCGGAGGAGCUUCCGUUGGAUCCAAAACCCGCGGAACCCGUCAGAGGCACUGUUCCUAUCAGUUUUGUUACGUCGGUGACGAGUAUCACGAGUCUCGAGGCUGGUUAUCAAGGUGACGGUGAAAACUCGAGGCCAGCAAGCCGCGGGGCUGACCCACCGUCUAUUGUACCACCGCCGAAUCUUCCAGCACCUUGCAGGCAAGAUCCGAUGACGGAUUCGGAUUUCUUUACGGAAAGCGAUGCUGACGCGUACGAAGAGAUCGUACGCGGUGAUAGGAAAGCUCAGGUGAUCGACGGUACCCUGUUCUGCGCACCUGGCGGUCGAAGAUGUCCGAGUUUCACCGGCGAAGAGAUGGAUUCGAGCGGAAUCUACUCGGACCUCGAUAAAAGGCAGGACGAACUUCAUGCUCCUGAAGAGGCAGCUGAGGAAAACGAGGAUCGUACUCCGGAUACCAUUGACACGGAAGUUUCGCAGAGAAGCCAACCUACACCGAUUAAACCGGACGUUACCCAGGUUAUCAUGGAUUAUUUACAGGCCCCUGUAAAUACUCUGGAUGGAUCAGCCGAUUCCAACGUAACGUUAAGCCCCGCCCAGGUCACGGUAAUCGAGGUGGAGAGGAACAACGACGGUAUGAGGUCGAAGACGCAGAACAAAGCUGAUUCGGUUCCGUUGAAAAAAUACAAGAUGCCUAAGAGGAACGUAGUCUCGAAAAUCAAGGCAAUGAUCGAGUCUGGCCCGAAGGACGAAGCGGAGAAAGAAGCUCGACGUUCUCAGAGAUCACCCAGAAAGGGCGGACGCUGGGACGCUGUUAUGAGUAAAAUUGAGGCUGGCAAGAACGAGCAGAGGACUAGGUCGGUGAGGAAGGAAGUGAAGUCAAGGGUAUUGCAGAGUAUUGGUCAAUCAUCUACUCCGGGGUCAACCCAAAAGAAAAUUGGCGAUGCGAACAAUAAUAGUAAUAAGGAUAAGAGCAAUGCUAAGAAGUUCCGAAUUAUCAGGAGAAUACGUGGCCGACAAGAACUGAAAUCUCCGGUACAAGAAACUGCCAGAAGCUCCGUUCGUAGCUCCUUGAGUGAUCUCAGCACUGGACCUAGCAAAGAUGCGCCAAAGAGAUCACCAACAUCGGUAAACCCGCCAAGAAGACUGGUGGCAAACGGUCGGAGUAAUCAACAGAAUCGUGUGAAUAGUUUCGACGCGAAGAAGAACUGCGUAGAAAUUUCGCCCAUCAAUCUCGAGAAGAGCCCGUCUGCGACGCGAAAGCCGACAAUAACCAGGAGAUUAACAACCACUGUCCCAGUGAAGCAACACAGUUCAACGAUAUCGACAAAAGAUCGCGAAACCAAGGAGCACAGUAAUAGCUAUGUGGUGACAAGGGCGUCUUUAGAGACGCGGGAUCAGGCCGCACAAACCGACAUACCUUACGAUGCGCUCCGCGUGAAACGGGCGGAACAAGUUAUAGAAGCCCUUUCUAUCACUGUACAAUAUCUGGCCUAUGAGUUGGACGCCUUUUCUACCCCAAAAUUAAAGAAAGAAUGCGAGAAUAUGAAGACAGAAUGGCUGUCGUCGUGCACGGAGAUCGAAGAGUUGAGAACUAGAAACCUCGGCAUUGAAGAGAGACUAGAAUCAGAGAGGGAGAAUAAUCGGAGAGCCUUGGACCAGCUUGGUGAAGAUCUGGAAGCUCAGCAAGCAGAACAGAUCGCCGCGUUGGAGGCAGCCCUGCAAGAGGAGAGGCGCAGAUGCGAAGUGAGGCUGAAGGAUUCCCUGAACGAGGCCGCGAAGGAGCAUCGUGCUGCGAUCGUGAAAUUACGCGCAGAACAGGAAGCUGAAUUAUUGCGAAAAGAGUCGGAAUUCAAGAGGAGAUCCGUGGUGCACGAUCAAGGAGCCGCGCUAACCGCGGAAGUUGAAUCGUUAAGAUCGGUGCUAGAGAUCAGGAGCCAGGAGAACGCCACGUUGAGAUCAGAUCUUGAUAAUAUCAGGCGAGAGAUCGAGGACAAAGAGGCUUUACAACAACGCGUGGACACACUUGAGGCCAGAUGCGAGGAUCUGAAGGCGCAGCUUCAGUGCAAAGAAGCAUUCGAGAGGCAAAUAUCUCACGAUAACGAGGUACUGCACGAAUCGAUUCAUCAGAUCUCCAAGCAGAACAAACGUUUGGCGCAGCGAAACGAGGAACUUCAAUGGAGGUUGCGUCAAAAAAACGAAGUGGUGACCGUUCUUGCGAAUUUGACGCCUAGGCUAUCGCGUUCAUUAGGCCCUGAGAACGUCGAACACACACUCUCACCCGACAAGAACGGUCCUCAGGCUUCAUCCAUGGUGAAAUUUAUGGUGGAGAAGGGCGAUUCGGUAUCGUGGACAUUGGAAAUAGACGAUGAAUUUUCAAAGAGCGGUACGGACACGUCGCAUUUGGCAACGCCAUCGAAAAUGGCUAGAUCUGAGACAUCGGCUACGGUAUCGAGGCAAGGAUCGCUCAGGCUAACACCUAGAAGGUCUUCCGUCGAUAUGAGAGCAAGAUCGAAAAGUAUUUCUGUCACGGAUUCCGCGCGUGUAGAGGAAUCCGCUUGGUCGCCUACGUUUAAUUCUACGCCGAUUGCACGACGAAGACCUAGAAGCGACCCCUCUUCUUCGGCUUCGUCUACCUCUUCGUCGUCUUCUUCUUCGGUCACAGCUGUAACCUCAAAUUCGGCAGUAGCCGUUGCUGUUGCUGCUGCUGCUGCCGCUGCCGCGGCUGCUGAAGAUUGCGGGGCCGGCCAGAGGCCUCAAGAGGCCGGUGGCGAAGCUAUGAUUUCAGAGGAGACAUCUGCCACAAGUAGCGAGGACGAAUCGUCCACGAGUAGCGAUAUUCCUCCGUUGCCGAUUCAAUUUGCUUGGGGUAAACCGAUCAAGUAACGUUCUCGCGGUCCUCUCGCUUUUCACCUAAUAUUUCAAUUGCGAAGGGCUACGUACUUCGAUCGGAACGAUGUUCGUUCACUAAUUCCACGAUGUUUCGUGGCCGAUUACAUCAACUAUUUUUCAAGGAUAAUGGCGUUAUCCUCAGGCGAAAAAUGAACGUUCGCACGGUUCUUUCAAACGUUGUACGCGCACUUUUUCUAUUACUUCUGUACCUGUAACUUAUGCGUUCGAUC